AGAAGCAGAUACUGGGCCACCGAUGCCACCAAAAUGCUUAAGAGUCCAGUGCCGUAUCAUCUGCACCAAUGGGCGACAGGGCGAGAUCGCGCAGGAUAUAUCACUUGCGUUAGCGAGCCCAGAUAAUAGUGACCCAUGUGAUAUCAUUGACGAGCUGUACCUCUAUAACUAUAGAUUUUCCAAUGCAGUGCUACCAGUCGGAUUUCUAUCUACAUACACCAAUAGGAUCAAACAAUUAUAUUUGGGCAUCUCAAACAUACAGGAUAUUGAGAACGGGGCAUUUGGUGGAGGCAUAUUCAAGCGUAUAACUCUUGAAGACCUUCAUCUUAAUAAAAUUGACAAGGAAUUUCUAGCCAACGUGUCAGGAGAUUUGAAAGGAAUUUCAAUUAUCCAGCACAAUAGGGCCCUAGAAUGUGUUUAUCCCGAUUUUUUGGAUUAUGUGAUGUAUCAACUUGAAUAUCUGAGGCUUCAAGUUGGCAUCGAUUGUGUACGAAAUGUGACGGGCACUGAUCCAAUUUUGGGUGCACUUACUUAUGCAGAUUUCAGCUACAACAACUUUACUGACCAAUUGCUCAAAGACACGUUCAUCAAAUUAACCAUGGUCGAGACGCUGAUUCUGUCGCAUUCGAAUAUUGAGUAUUUACCAAACUAUAUUUUUCAAGUUAAUACCGAUUUACCGAUUUAA